AUGCGUGAUUAUGGCCCUGAUCUGAUGGUUACGCUUGUCGCGUACGUGAAGUACGAUAAGGCUUUUUCGGUUUAUACUGUGAAGUUUCAAAAGGGUAGAUUGCCUCAUGCUAACAUUUGCGUAUUUUUGAAACCGGAAUCCAAGCUUCUAUCUGUUGAUCAUAUAGACAAAUUCAUUUCUGCUGAGAUACCACAUAAGAUGGAAGAUCCUAGUCUUUAUGCACUUGUAUCCGAAUUUAUGAUUCAUGGUCCAUGUGGAAAUGCAAAUCCCAAUUGUCGUUGUAUGGUUGAUCGUAGAUGUUCAAAAAAUUAUCCAAAAAAAUUCAACCCUGAAUCAACUACCGAUGCUGACGAUUUCCCUGUAUACAGAAGAAGAGAUAAUGGAAACACUAUUAUAAAGUCCAAAGUUCAAUUAGACAACAGAAGUGUUGUUCCAUAUAGUCUGAUUCUUUUGAAAAGAUACCAAGCACACAUUAAUGUCGAAUGGUGCAAUCAAGCGGGUUCUAUCAGAUAUUUGUAUAAGUACAUUAAUAAAGGUGCAGGCAGAGCCUCGCUUGCGGUGUUAAAUGGAGACGGUAUAAACAACGAACAAACAGGAAAGGAUGAGAUCAAAGCAUAUUACGAUUGUAGGUACAUUUCCGCCUGUGAAGCUUCAUGGAGAAUAUUUGCAAAUGAAGUUCACUUCAGGUUUCCUCCAGUCACGAGACUUCCUUUUCACCUUGAAGGUCUACAAAAUGUUGUAUUUGGCGCCGAAGAUGAUAUCGAAGAUGUUUUGGAAAAGCCAUCAAUGUCUUACAUUUUUCUAAAAUGGAUGGAGAUGAACAGAAAUAAUGAAGAUGCACGGAAACUUACGUAUGUAGAGUUUCCUAUGAAAUUCUAUUGGAAACUAAGAGAUAGAGAUUGGGCACCAUGA